AUGCGUCACGUCGCCCCUGCUGUCCCGUCCCGUCCCAUCGCCCCUGCUGUCCCGUCACCCCUGCUGUCCCGUCCCAUCGCCCCUGCCGUCGCGUCGCCCCUGCUGUCCCGUCCCGUCCCGUUGCCCCUGCUGUCCCGUCGCGUCGCCCCCUGCUGUCCUGUCCCGUCCCGUCGUCCCUGCUGUCCCGUCCCGACCCGUUGUCCCUGCUGUCCCGUCGCGUCGCCCCCCUUCUGUCCCGCCGCAUUGCGCCGUCCGUCCCGUCCCGUCGCCCCUGCUGUCCCAUCCCGUUGCCCUUGCUGUCCCAUCCCGUCCCAUCGCCCCUGCUGUCUCGUCGCCAGUGCUGUACCGUCCCGCCGCCCCUGCCGUCGCGUCGCCCCUGCUGUCCCGUCCCGUCCCGUCGCCCCUGCUGUCCCGUCGCGUCGCCCCCUGCUGUCCCGUCCCGUCCCGUCGUCCCUGUUGUCCCAUCCCGUCCCAUCUUCCCUGCUGUCUCGUCGCGUCGCCCCCCUUCUGUUCCGCCGCGUUGCGCCGUCCAUCCUGUCCCGUCCCGUCCGCGUCGCGAUUUCCGUCCCGUCCCGUCGCAUGCGCCCCGUGCGACAUUCCCGUCGCGCCCCCGCUGCGCCCUGCCCGUUCGUCGCGCCCCAUGCGCCCUGCCUAUCCACGCCCGUCGCGCCCCAUGCGCCCUGCCUAUCCGCGCCCGUCGCGCCCGUCCCUGCCAGUCGCGUCCGGCAGCAACAGCAGCAGCAGCAGCAGCAGCAGCAGCGGCGGCGGCAGCAGCAGCACCAGUAUCAGUGGCAGCAGCAGCAGCAGCAGCAGCAGCAGCAGCAGCAGCAGCAGCAGCAGCAGCAGCAGUAG